CGCUUGCGCGUUUAGCUGUUGUGGCGAAAAUGGCGGCACUGCUGUUGCAGGAUCUGGAUUCGUCCGAGCUAUCUAAACUACCGACAACUCUUCAAAGCAAACUUGAGAAACUUUUAUUAGACCGGCAGUAUGAAAUAGAUUCUUUAAAAGCACUGCAUGAACAGUUUCGGGUUGACAGCGAGCAACAGUUUUUCGAAAAGGUUGAUCAACUUCAGCGGUGUCAGGCUGAGCUUUUGUCUCAAGCUCAAGAACAUCUUAAAGUCAAAGAGGAUUUCACGAAGCUUGAUGAAGAACUGAAAAGUGUUUGUGAGAAGAACAAGGAAAAUGAGUCUGCGCAGGAGAAGUUGUCAACAGAGCAGACUUUGCUUUCGAAAGCCAAAGAGGAAUUGGAAGGAGAAAAGCGAGAACUUGUGAGGACACUGGAGAGGAGAUCUCUGGAAGUUGAGAAUUUAAAUGAUGACUUGAGGCAGCUGAAUGAUAAGUUAAUGGAAGUCAACACUAGUAAGUUGGCUCUGCAGAUGAAGCUGGAUGAACUUGAAGCUGCAGAAGUAAACAUUAAAUAUAAGGAGAAGCGUAUGGAACAAGAGAAGGAGCUGCUGCAUGGCCAGAUGUCUUGGCUUAAAGACGAACUGAAGGCAAAGACGGAGGGACUGCUCACCCUGUCCAGGGAAAGGGGGAAUGAAAUCUUGGAGCUGAAAUGCAAACUGGAGAACAAGGAAGAUGAGUUAACCAAACUACAGGAUCAAGUGACCAGUUUGAAAACCUCAAAUGAACACCUUCAAAAGCAAAGUGAAGAGAUGAUCAACAAACUAAAAGAAGCAAAGGAGCAGCAGGCCAUCACAGAGGAGAAGUUUCGAAACGAGCUGAAUGCCAACAUUAAACUUUCCAACUUAUACAAGGGUGCAGCAGCAGAUUCUGAAGCAAAAAGUGAAGAGCUGAGUCGGGCGGUGGAGGAACUACACAAACUGUUGAAAGAUGCUGGAGAAGCCAACAAAGUUCUUGAGGAAAAGCUGCAGGAGAUGAACGGCGCAGCGGACAAAACUGUUAACGAGUUAAAGGAGAAGAUCCAGAGCCUUGAGAAAGAGCUGGACAACGCCAAUGACCUGUUGUCAACUUCUAAACUCAGAGGACCUGCUGGUGCGAGCGUGGUGGCAGAGGACCAGAUCACAACAAUGUCUCCAACAGCUGCUGCUGUGUCCAAAAUAAAACCUGGCAUGAAGCUGACUGAAUUGUACACGGCGUAUCUGGAGAGCCAGGAGCAGCUGCAGCUGGAGCGGCUGGAGAACAAGCGCGUCAACAAAUAUCUGGAUGACAUUGUGCAGGAAGUCGAAGCCAAGGCCCCCAUCCUGAAGCGGCAGAGGGACGAACACGAGCGCAUGCAGAAGUCGGUGGCCAGUCUGUCAGCCAAGCUGGAGCAAGCCGUUAAGGAAGUUCACCGUCUGCAGAACGAGGCUGACGAAGCCAAUAAGCGAUCCACUCUCCUGGAAAGAGACAACCAGAGAUAUGAACUCCAGGUGGCUGACAUGGCUCAACAGGUUCGAGUGCUGCUCAUUGAGCUGGAAGAGGCCCGUGGAAACCACGUGCUUCAGGAGGAGGAAGUGAGCUCAGCCGACAUCAGCAGCACAUCAGAGGUCAUCAGCCAACACCUGGUGACCUUCCGCAGCGUGGAGGAGCUCCAGAAGCAAAACCAGCGACUUCUCGUGGCCCUCAGGGAUCUGAGUGACGCCCAGGAGAAAGAAGAGCAGGAGAGCACUGGCAAUAAGCGUGCGGAGCUGGAGCAGAGUUUGGAGAAAGCCCAGGCAGAGUUGGAGUCGCUGAAGGAACAGCGCAGCCAGCAGAUUAAGAUGACAGAGUCUAUCGUGAGGCAGAGGGACCUGUACCGUGUGCUGCUGGCUCAGGCAACGGGAGUCGCUUUCCCUCAACAAGGAACACCGCCGGAGGAGUUUUCUCUGACAUCGACCCCCCGACGUUCACCAACAACCACUCCCACCACUGGAGCUCCCACUGCACUCGUGACCAUGGCCGAGUCUGUCGAGGCGCUGGAGGCCAAGGCAGCGCUGCGGCAGUUGCAGGAAGUGUUCUCUGCUUAUAAGAAGGAGCGGCUGGACAGCGAUAAGGCGAUGAACGAGCAGAAUGAGAAGCUGCAGGAGCAGCUCUCUGACCUCCGCUCUCAAAAUGCCAAAACAUCAACUCAGCUAGAGUUUGCAUCAAAGAGGUAUGAGAUGCUGCAGGAUAACGUUGAGGGCUACAGGAAAGAGAUCGCCUCACUUAGAGAGAAAGAACAGAAGACGGCCGCCGCCACACAAAAACUUGAGCAGAGUGUCCACACGCUAAAUGAAGAUCUGAAAGCUGCAAAGGAGAAACUUACCUUGACUGAGGGUCAGGCUGAGAAGCUGCGCAAGGAGAGAGACAUGCUGAAGCUGGUGGAGUCUAGGCUGAACCAGGAGAAAGAGACGUUUGUGAGCCAACAGCAGAACCAGAACCUGCUGCUGACCAAUCUCCAGACCAUACAGGCCACUCUGGAGCGGUCUGAGGCCGACGCACGUCAGCGUCUCAACGGCCAGAUCGAAAAGCAGGAGCUGCAGAUCUCCCAGCUUCAGAAGAAGCUGGAGCAGGAAGUGGAACAGCGCCAUCUGUGCAGCAGAAACCAAGAAAUUCAACUAAUGGACGCCAAGAGGCAGCUGGAGACGCAGGUGGCCUUACAUCAGAAAACCAAAGAGCUGCUGAAUGCGGCUGAGUUGGAGCUCAACACCCUGAGGAUGCAGCAAGGCCGCCCCGAGGCACGCCACACCCUGGGCUCUCCACCCACACCCGUCUUCAGAGGCCUGCAGGGUUCAGAUCAAGAGAGGGAGGAGCUCCAGGGCCGCCUGCAGCUGGCUGAAACCCAGGCAGAGGAACUGGCAGAGAGCCUGAGGGCCGCCACCUCCAGCAUGGAGCAGUACAGAGCCAUGGCUCAAAGCUUGGAGGAGUCCCUGGAGACAGAGAAGCAGGUAACGGAGCAGGCUCGCCUGUCAGUGGAGGCUUGUUUGAAGGAAGCUCAGGAGCGACACCGGACGCUGGAAGAGAAACUCCAGGAAGCAGAGAAGGAAAAGCAGGACUUGGAGGAGAGCAAGAGAAAAGACCUGGCAUCUCUGGAGGAGCAGAUUAAUGACCUGAAGAGCAGCCUGGGCGGUGCGCAGACAGAUCACCAGGCCGUGCUGCAGCAGCUGGCUGUAGCUGAAGCCCAGAAGCAGCAGGCUCUACAGGACAGAGAGGAGCAGGCUAAGCUGGCCGCUGAAGCUCAAGAUAAAUACGAGCGGGAGAUGAUGCUGCACGCAGCUGACGUGGAGGCCCUGCAAGCCGCCAAGGCUCAGGCCCUGCAGGCCACCGAGCUCAGAAACCAGCUGGAGGAGAAAGUCCAGCGAGUUGGCGCUGAGCUGCUGGAGGCCAGAGUCUCCUGGGAGGUGCAGGAAAAGAUCCUCAAGGAGGAAACAUCUAAGAUGGAAAGUCGCUAUGAGGAGCUGCAGAGGCAGAACACCCUCCUGCAUGAGCAGGUCCAAACCAUGAGCACCAAGAUGGCCGCCAAUAUUCAGCGUGCCGCCAAUGAGAGCUCGCUGAACGUUUCUUUGAGUGAAGAGGGAAAAUCUCAAGACCAGCUGCUUGAGAUUCUAAGUUUUGUUCGUCGGGAAAAGGAGAUGGCUGAAUCUCGGUUUGAGGUGGCGCAAGGGGAGAGCUUACGUCACCGUCUGAGAGUUGAACACUUGGAACGAGAACUUAGGGAGGUGCAGGACAGUCUGACUGCUGCAAGGGAGAGAAUGCAGGUGACUGCAAAGACUCUGGCCCAGCAUGAUGAGCUGAUGAAGAAGACUGAAACCAUGAAUAUCUUAGUGGAGACUAACAAGAUGCUGAGAGAGGAGAAAACCAAAAUGGAGCAGGAACUGCAGCAAACUCAAGCUAAGGUGCAAAAGAUGGAGUCGGACGUCUUUCCUCUGCAGCAAAGCAACUCUGAGCUGAGUGAGAAAAACGGCAUGCUGCAGGCGGAGAAGGCGAUCCUGGAGGAGGACAUAAAGCGCUGGAAGGCUCGAACUCAGAAUUUGCUGAGUCAGCAAAAAGAUUCGGACCCUGACGAGUACAAACGUCUCAACACCGAGAAAGAGCAACAUCUGAAACGCAUACAGCAGCUCACGGAGGAAAACUCUCGACUUAAAGCUGAGUUGAACAAGUUAAAUAACAUGACAACGUCGCUCCAGGGACAAAUGCAGAACCUGCGUGAAGGCAUGGGUAAGGCAAACGACGACAGAACUGUCUUGAGGAAGGACCUGGAGACUAAAAACCAGGAAAUCCAAGAAAAGGUGCGAACCAUCACCCAGGUGAAGAAAAUCGGACGGCGCUACAAGAUGCAGUAUGAUGAACUAAAGGUGCAACAUGACAAGCUCGUUGCUGAGGCCGCUGCAGGCCCAUCCCAAGUCGACGAGGCACAUCAGGCUUCAGCUCAAGAGCUGCAGAGCGUAAAAGACUCCCUGAAUCAGGCGGAGACCAGAACCAAAGAACUGGAGGGACAGCUGGAGAACAUCAACAAGGUGGUCACAGAGCGGGAGACUGAGCUGCGUAACGUCCAGGAACAAUCGUCCAGGCUGCAGACGGAGCUGAACCGCCUGAGGCAGGAGCUGCAGGAGAAAACGACCCAGGAGGAAAGUCUGAGACAGCAGAUGGCCGAAAAGGACGAGAAAACACGAAAGGCGCUUCUGGUUGCCAGACAGAAGAUUAGCCAUGUCACCGCCACCAAAGAGCAGCUGCAGCGCGAGAACGAGGAGCUGAAGCAGCAGCGUGAGGAGCUGGAGGUGCGAGUGAGCGCUCUCAGGUCUAAUUAUGAGGGCCGUCUCAGCCGACAGGAGCGGGAGCUCAGAGACCUGAGGGGUCAGCAGGAGAGACAGGAGCAGAGAGACGAGCCCCCCGAGGCGGGGCCAAGCAAGACUCAAGAGCAACAAAGGACGACAGAACAGAGGCAGAUCAGUCUGAAGACGACCCCAGCUGCAGACAGGGGCAGCACAAGCGCCUCUGAGCCGCCGACCGCCAACAUUAAGCCGACACCUGUGGUUGCCACRGSCAGCAAGCAACCGGUCAACCCCGGCAACAAACCGACACCCCGGGCGAGCAUCAGACCGAUGAUAACACCYGUGCCGCCGCCAACACCCACCGCCACAGUCAUGCCCACCACACAGGUGGAGACGCAGGAAGCCAUGCAGUCUACCGAAGCGCCGCCGGUGGAGCAUGUGACCGUGUACGGAAGCGCCAGCGGCUCCGUUCGCUCCGCCAGUCCCAACGUCCAGACCACCUUGGCGGGAUCCAUGCUGACCGUUCAGCAGACGCAGACUCAGGCCACGGCGUUCGUUCAGCCGACGCAGCAGCAGAGCGUCUCCCACCCAGAGCCGGACAAUCGGGAGCCGUCGCCUGUUACGAUCGAGCCCACGCCCAGUUCGCAGGUGGAAUGGCCUUCAACAUCCUCCUCCUCUUCCUCGUCUGUGUUCGGGACUGUUUCAGCGACACCUGGGACGUCGGCCAUGUCCAAGAGACCUCGAGAGGAAGAGGAGAGCAGCGCUGCUGCGUUCACUGAGGUAGAGGCGACCCAGGAGGAACCCAGAGCUCCAGCGGCCAAAAAGCUGCGCAUCAUCCAGAGAGUGGGACCAGAGGAGGAAGCGAUGGCUGACGAGAGUGCAGAGAACGAGGGCGUGGUGCCAUCAGAGGAUGGAGCAGAAGCAAGCCAGACAGAGUUUUCAAACCUCGAGGAAGCAGAGGAAGAUUCAGCCUCUCAGUCGGUCCCAGCAGAGCCGGCGGUCACCCCAAGUCAGAGUGAAACGCCUGACCAGCUGCAGCAGGAAGUCAUCGUCAUACUGACGGACUCUGAAAGCGAAGAGGAGGAGGAGGAAGAAGAAGAGGGAGAAGAGCAGGACUAUGCAGAGGAGGAGGAGGAAGACGAGGAAGAAGAAGAGGAGGAGGAAGAGGAAGAAGACGAAGAAGAUGAGGAUGACGAUGAUGGGGGGAUGGAGGAGGAAGGAGAGGAGAGCAACGAAGGAAGCGGCAAUGGCAACGAAGUUUAUGAAGGAGACGAGACAGAGGGAGCUGAUGUCACCGACCCAGGCACUGAGACAGAGGAGAGCUUAGGGGCGUCAGACUCCACCCAGAGGCCCGCCGAUUCCCAGACACCAAGCUUUGAGGGAAGCCCAAUGGAGGCCUUGUCAACAGAACAGCCAAUCACAAGCUCCGGAGCGAGAAUGCCCCAGUCGCCACGGCGACCUGUGCAGCAGCUUCUGCCCCAACUCAACAUCCAUCCCGCUCAGUCUUCAGAACUGGGACCAUCUGCUCAGCGAAUCCGUCGGCAGUCAGUGGGCCGACUCAAUCCUGGCAUGGCCAGCAAUGCGCAGCAUUUCUUUGAAGAAGACGACAGGAUGGUUCCCAGCAUUCCCACUCUGGUUCCCCCUCUCUCAGAAGGCUUUGACCAGGCUAUCCAUUCUCCUCAGGUUGCUGGAGUCCCUCGCUUCAGGUUUGGUCUUUCAGAAGACGUGCCUCAGACCAGCUCCUCCUCGCACUCUGACCUCGGCCAGCUCGCCUCGCAAGGAGGUCUUGGGAUGUUUGAAAGUCCUCUGUUCUUGGCGACUCAUGAGGAAGAGUCGGGAGGCCGCAGCGUUCCCACCACUCCACUGCAAGCUGCAGCUCCAGUAACUGUCUUCUCGGAGGCUGCACAGUCUGACACAACGGAGCUCGCCCCGCAGUCGGUUCCCAUGGUGAGCACGUCCACGCCAGGCCUGGUGCUGCCAGGAACCGCCGGGGCCGGGGAGCAGAGAGAGAUCUUCCUGGAGCCAGACACGGAGAGGCCCAGUGCUGAAGCGUCUCUGGAUGCUGUGAUGUCACAGGGAGAGGAGGAGCCGAGCCAGCUGUCUGACAAGGCCAACCUUCCCUCCACCAGCCAGGAGCCUUCCUCCAGCUCUGCAGAUACAAUCCCUAAACCCGCUCGUCCCGGACAGCUCAGACAGCUGCAGCGCUUUCAGGACAGCCGUGGAGGUCGGAUGAAGAGAGGAGGUCAAACCUUCCCUCCCCGUGGCUUCCAUGGGAGACGAUUUCUGAGAUGAAGCGCUAAUCAGAACUAAUUCCUAACUGGAGGCGACGCCAUUC